CUUUCAAUGAUAAUCAUGAGAUAAGAUGCCAGAGAAUAUUUAUACCAUCCAUACCUCAACUCUAUUUGACCCACAGAGGAAGAAUUUCUUCAAAAAUGUGUCAAUCGUCAUCGACCCGCAAGCCGGUGUGAUCGUUGAUGCUUAUCAGCGAGAAGCUCAGCUCUGCAAGUUGGGCGCAACCGACGUCGACCUUCGGGGCAAAGUGGUGAUGCCCGGCUUCGUCGAUGCUCAUACGCACAUAUUUCUGCAUUCUUACAAUGAGCGACCAGCCGCAGAGCAGAUGCGUGACGAGAGCAUCGUGGAACGAGUUGUCCGUGCAACCAACCAUGUGCGCACCGCGCUGCUGGCGGGCUACACAACCUACCGUGACUUGGGGUCUGAGGCGAUGCAAAGCUUCGAUGUCAAUCUGCGGGACUCCAUCAACCGUGGGCUGAUACCUGGGCCUCGGCUCUUUGUUGCGACUCAUCCGCUGGGCAGUACCGGUGGUUUCGAGGUAAGGACCGAGAACUUCCACGGUGGCGUGCGGGCGCCGCCUGCUUCCGAUCCGGGAGAUGGCCCCGAGGGUGUCAGACAGGCGGUGCGUAGACGUGUGGCCGAAGGCGCCGACGUUAUCAAGUUCUACGCGGACUACCGCCGGAAGAUCAUGCGGUUUCCGCCCAAACAGCAGCAUCCGUACAAGUUGAGAGUGCAAUUCCCGCCGGCGGAUCCCAACCCCCAUGUGCCGCUAUUCAGCCAAGAGGAGAUGAACAUGAUUGUCCAGGAAGCCAAGCUGGCGGAGUUGCCGGUGGCGGCACAUGCUGGGGGGUUCAAGGCAGCAAUGAUGGCCGUCAAGGCUGGCGUUACAUCUCUCGAGCAUGGCUUUGAGACUACGGACGAAUUGUUUGACGAGAUGAAACAGCGAGGAUGCAUCUUCGUGCCGACGCUGGCAGCCGCAGAGAUGUUCAAUAAAGAUGGCAUCAAGGGCAUUCUAGCACAAACAAAACGGGCGCACGAACUUGGCGUUCGUCUAGCAGCAGGUGGUGAUACCGGGGUAUUCUCACAUGGCCAGGGUGCACGAGAGAUGGAGUUGAUGGUGGAGGCUGGCAUACCCCUCAAUGAUGUCCUGACAGCAUGUACGAUUGGCGGCUGGGAGAGCUGUGGGGGUGAUUUAUGUGGCUUCAAAUUUGGCUGGUUUGGAAAGGACAAUCGCGCUGACAUUAUCGCCUUGGAUUCGGACCCGAGAGAAGACAAAACUGCGCUGCGGAGGAUCAGCUUUGUGAUGAAGGACGGCAGGGUCUGGAAGAACGAUGGUAUCGCUGUUGAUAUGAUUCAAAACCACCAUGCAUGGGACUGCUGACCGCACCAUCCCAUCUUAGCGAUUCCCUAAUACGGCCCAAAUUAUGGAAUGUGAUGCAGGUGCGAUGCUGUACCUAAUGGUUUAUCACUGCCGUCAAAACUGGUAUCAUCCCAGGUUUUGUCCUUAUCAAUCAGUUGUAAGUAGCCAAUAUCAGACUGUACUAGGGUGUGGUUACGGCAUAAGCUACCCUCAGAACCACCAACUCGUUCCACUUGAGCAACAGGCUUACAUUAUGUGUAGCCCUUUAUUAUGCUUGAUAUAUCUAGACUUGUUUAUUUCACAGAUUCGUUUUAUUAUCGCUUUAAACAUCAUGAUCCAGUUACUUCGCAGUCAUAUCUCGUCAAGUCGAUUGACGCCUCUUGGCAGCCGCUGUCAAGUUCUACCAUCUGUCUUUGUG